AUGCUAUGCUUCAGGAGAAACAAAGGCCACAAGGUGGUACCAAAAAAGAAGAAGGUCAAGGCAACGACUUCAACUUCAACUUCGACUAAUCAGACAUCUACCUCGAGAACCAGAAAUGGCACUGACACUGACACUGCCACUGUCACUCAGCGCAGGAAUAAAGCGACUGCAAAAAAGACACGUCCUUCCCCUGAUAGAUACUCAAAUUCUCGCCCUUCUCCCUCUCAAAAACGCAACCCUGAGCAACGCCCCCCUAUUCAACCGCCUCGCCAACAGUCCAAAGUUGCGCGCACCAACGACAUGUCCGCCCAAAAUAGCAGCUUCUAUGGGCGCAUUAACUCGGCCAUUACGGGUGGUUUUGAAGACGAUAGUAGUGCUACUUCUCAAGCGUACGACACAGCCCCUGUACCAUCAAAACAAGCCCAUUUUCGCUAUCAACGUCCUUCUUUUCUCGAUGAUUUUGACUUUACUGCAGAGUCUCUUCGCGAUAUAGUUGUCGCUCAUGGGUUUACUUCUGCUUUGUCGCCUCGACAAGGCUAUCAUCCUACCCCUGCGUCUAUCCUAAACUUUGCAGACUUCGACCUUGAGAAUACAGGUACUAAGAUUUCCGAUAUCAGACACAACAAUACUUCAUCCAAUGAACAACCGAUAGCUAGCACCGCCGCCACCGCAUCAUCUUCGUCUUCGUCCUCUGCAAGCCCGUACCUUGAUCUGCCUGAGUCACCGGACAGUGAUGCUGUGACAGUAAGCGCAAUAGGCGGCCGAGAGUGUCUUGCCUGUAGCGACAUGAAAGCUCCAGAUUCUUUUCCAGAUUUUGUCACCUCGAAAUGCACGCACCCUCCUUCUAUAUGUUUGGAUUGCAUGGUGCGAUCAAUCCAAGUGGCCAUAAAGACUGAAUACUGGAACGAAAUCAAUUGCGACGAGUGCAAAGAAAGACUAGAACAUAACGACAUUCAACGCCUUGCCGAUGAACAGACAAUUUCCAAAUACGAAAGACAGGCGCUUCGAGCUGCUGUGGCAGACGAGGAGAACUUCUUCUGGUGUACCUCUGAUUGCGGCUCUGGACAGAUCCAUGACUCUGGGUCUGCUCAACCCAUCGUAGUUUGCAUUAAAUGCAAUCAUCGCUCAUGUUUUCGCCACGGAGUCAACUGGCAUGAAGACUUGUCUUGCGACGAGUAUGAUCGGCUUCAAGAGGAUCCAGAAUUCCGCAGCUACAUGGAACUGGAAAAUGAAAGGUGGGAGGAGGCUCAAGCAGCUCAAGAAGCUCAAGAAGAAGCGGAUUUGGACGUCGCUCGCAGGUUGGAAGCUGAAGAAAAUGCUGAAAUUGAGCGCCAAGAGGCACAAGAUCGGAGAGCGAGAGAGCGAGAACGGGAACGAGAGCAAGAGCUAGAGAGACAGGGGAACCAAGAGAGGCAACGAGAGCUGGAACGAGAGAGACGGAGGAACCAGGAAAUGCAACGACAACUAGAACAAGAGAGGCAUCAGAGGCAACGAGAGCAGAAUGCAACAGAAGAAAGGCGAAAAAUUGUAGCCAGAAGGAGAGAAGAAGAGGCAAAGAGCAAUGCAACAUUGAGAACUACAACAAAACCAUGUGGAGGAUGCGGAUGGGCUAUCGAGAAGAGAUCCCGCUGUGCACAUAUGACAUGUGCAAAAUGCAAAUACCAAUUCUGUUGGCUCUGCGGCAAGAAAUGGAGCAGUGUACACUUGCGCCUUUCUGGAUUUGUUCAGAUUUAA